GAGAGUGCCACUCCUCCGGGAUUCAGGCUCCCCGUUGGCCACUGUACCUGCCCCUCCUGAAACGGAAGCAGGUGGAUCUGAGCAGCAACCAAAGGGAAUAACCUGCUGGACCAGGGACAGGAAGGACAGUAGCAAUUACCUAGAAAACAUUUCCAUUGAAAGAGUAUUUCUCCUUUGCUACUUCAAAAAUGAAAAUCGAUAUUCAUAGCCACAUUCUACCUAAGGAAUGGCCUGACCUAAAAAAGAGAUACGGAUAUGGUGGAUGGGUGCAGCUGGACCAUCACUGCAAGGGACAGGCAAAGAUGAUGAAGGAUGGAAAGGUUUUUAGAGUUAUUCAAGAGAACUGCUGGGAUCCAGAAGUACGGAUUAAAGAGAUGGACCUAUCAGGGGUCACAGUCCAAGUCCUUUCCACGGUUCCUGUAAUGUUCAGCUACUGGGCGAAACCUCAGGAUACUUUAGAUCUAGCCCAGAUAUUAAAUAAUGACUUAGCUGCUACAGUAAAAAAGUACCCCAAGAGGUUUGUCGGCUUGGGCACGUUACCUUUGCAAGCUCCAGACCUGGCUGUGAAGGAAAUGCAUCGCUGCGUGAAUGAACUUGGAUUUCCUGGAGUACAAAUAGGAUCUCAUGUCAAUGAAUGGGACCUGAAUGCACCCGAACUGUAUGAUAUUUAUGCUGCUGCUGAACAACUAAAUUGCUGUCUCUUUGUGCAUCCCUGGGACAUGCAGAUAGAUGGAAGGAUGUCCAAAUACUGGUUUCCCUGGCUAAUUGGCAUGCCGACAGAAACAACCAUAGCCAUUUGCUCCAUGAUUAUGGGAGGAAUUUUUGAAAAAUUUCCUAAGCUGAAGGUUUGCUUUGCACAUGGAGGUGGAGCUUAUCCAUACACAGUGGGGCGAAUCUCCCAUGGAUUCAAUGUGCGCCCUGAUUUGUGUGCAGUGGAUAAUAAGGUGGAUCCAAGAAAAUACCUUGGCUCGUUUUAUACAGACUCUCUUGUCCACGAUCGUGGUGCUCUAAGGCUGCUGACAAGUGUAAUAGGAGAGGACAAAGUUAUUUUGGGGACAGAUUACCCUUUCCCACUUGGGGAACUGGAACCUGGAAAACUGAUCGAUUCAAUGGAUGACUUUGACAAUAACCUGAAGGAUAAACUCAAGGCUGGCAAUGCUCUGGAAUUUUUGGGUCUUAGCAGAAAACAGUUUGAAUAACUAUGAUGAUAUUAAAGAGACCAAACUUUGGAAAUAAUGCUGAAUCCUUAUGGAUCCUUCUAUUUGCAUGGGCGGUUAUACAGAUGAAAAAUAAAUCUGACAACCAAAUUACAGUCUACUGUUAUUUCCAAAAUAAAACCAAGGGUACUGGAAAUGAGUACGCACAGGUAUUUCUGUGCAUUUGAGGAUUCAAGUUGUCUUCAAACAAUUCAGAAAUCCCUGCUUUCAUAGCAAAAAAAAAAAAGAGAGAUUUCAUCUCUUGCAGUUGUAACGAGGAUCUCUGAAAGAGAAUCACUCUCAUGUAACUAGUACUUGAUUCCCAGGAAGAAAUAAUUGAGAAAAUUAUGACUUUUAUCCAUUGCAUUUCGGCCUUUGUUAUACUGAAUAAACAUAAUCUGAAACCAGAAUUUAAACAGAACGUUGUUGACGGCCAACAAAAGGCAACAUUUGCCUUUAUCCCUUGAUGAAAAUUGCAGCAUUACCACACUUCAGCUCAGCACUACGGGUACACGUGCUAACACUUGGUAAAUGUUGUGAUAGGUUGAAAAAGGUCCAUGUGGAGUUUUGUGCUCUUUAGCUGCUGCCUACACCACUGGCACUCAUCAGAAACAAUUCUAGCAUUAUGGUUGUAGGUGCAGAAAUCAUGUACUUGUGAGGGUAACAAUUU